AUGCCUCACUCUCAUGUGGGUGUGGCUCAGUUUGCAGAAUGCCUACCCAGCAUGCAUGAGCCUGGGUGUGAGCCUGAGUGUGAGCCUCGGUGGGAGCCUGGGUGUGAGCAUGGGCAUGAGCCUGGGUGUGAGCUGGGUGGGAGCCUGGGUGGGAGCCUGGGUGGGAGCCUGGGUGUGAGCAUGGGCAUGAGCCUGGGGGUAAGCCUGGGUGGGAACAUGGGUGUAGGCCUGGGUGUGAGCCUGGGUGUGAGCCUCGGUGGGAGCCUGGGUGUGAGCAUGGGCAUGAGCCUGGGUGUGAGUCUGGGUGGGAGCCUGGGUGGGAGCCUGGGUAUGAGCAUGGGCAUGAGCCUGGGGAUAAGCCUGUGUGGGAACAUGGGUGUAAGUCUGGGUAUGAGCCUGGGUGUGAACCUGGGUGAGAGCCUGGGUGAGAGCCCGGGUAUGAGCCUGGGUAUAAGCAUGGCCCUGGGUGUGAGCCUGGAUGGGAGCCUGGGUGGGAGCCUGGGUGGGAGCCUGGGUGGGAGCCUGGGUGGGAGCCUGGGUGGGAGCCUGGAUGGGAGCCUGGGUGGGAGCCUGGGUGGGAGCCUGGGUGGGAGCCUGGGUGUGAGCCUGGGUGUGAGCCUGGGUGUGAGCCUGGGUGUGAGCCUGGGUAUGAGCCUGGGUGUGAGCAUGGGUGUGAGCCUGGGUGUGAGCCUGGGUGGGAGCCUGGGUGUGAGCCUGGGUGUGAGCCUAGGUGUGAGCCUGGGUGGGAGCCUGGGUGGGAGCCUGGGUGGGAGCCUGGGUGUGAGCCUGGGUGUGAGCCUGGGUGUGAGCCUGGGUAUGAGCCUGGGUGUGAGCAUGGGUGUGAGCCUGGGUGUGAGCCUGGGUGGGAGCCUGGGUGUGAGCCUGGGUGGGAGCCUGGGUGUGAGCCUGGGUGGGAGCCUGGGUGUGAGCCUGGGUGUGAGCCUGGGUGGGAGCCUGGGUGGGAGCCUGGGUGUGAGCCUGGGUGUGAGCCUGGGUGUGAGCCUGGGUGUGAGCCUGGGUGGGAGCCUGGGUGUGAGCCUGGGUGGGAGCCUGGGUGUGAGCCUGGGUGGGAGCCUGGGUGUGAGCCUGGGUGUGAGCCUGGGUGGGAGCCUGGGUGGGAGCCUGGGUGUGAGCCUGGGUGUGAGCCUGGGUGUGAGCCUGGGUGUGAGCCUGGGUGGGAGCCUGGGUGGGAGCUGA